CACAAUAUUUUUCUAAACUGUACAUACCAGUCCACUAGGUUUACAAAAAAGAUUACUGUUUAAAAAAAUUAAAAAUAUUUAUUUCUAAACAAGUAAUAAUCGGCGAAAAUGAGUAAUUUUAUGGCAGUGCUGUCAAUGAUGGGCUCAGAGAUCCCGCAAACUAUAUUCCGGUGCCGCCGAAGAUUCCUCGGCACCAGACGUCUGGACGGGAAGGUUGUGGUCAUAACCGGCGGUAACGCAGGCAUUGGUAAAGAAGCCGCGUAUCAGCUCUCGUUGAGGGGACCGAAGAAAAUAAUAAUCGGUUCGAGAAAUACAGAGAAUAACGAGAAAGCCGUGAAUGAGAUCAAGAGCCGUAAUCCCGGCGCCAAUAUAACGGCCCUUAAGCUGGACUUAUCGUCGCUGAAGUCGGUCCGCGAGUUCGCCAAACAAAUCACGGAAAGUGAGUCCAAAGUGGAUAUACUGGUCAACAACGCAGGCGUUCCCGUAGUGUCCGGACCGGCACAGGAGUCGGUAGACGGCUAUGAAAUGCAAUUUGCGGGGUGCUAUUUGGGUCACUUUCUAUUAUCACUGCAUUUGUUGCCAUUAAUGCGGAAGUCGUCGGACGCGCGCAUCAUAAAUGUGGCCUCAGUUGGACACCUUUUCGGACAAAUAUAUCUGCAAAACAUAAACCUCCGUAACGGCGCCUACACGGCGGGCAGGGCCCACCAUCAGGCCAAACUGGCACAGGUGUUGUUCACACGGGAAAUGGCCCGGCGUUUAGGCGGCGGCGACAGUAGCGUCAAGACCUACGCCGUGAACCCCGGUAUGAUUAACUCCAGGCGCGAGAAAAGCAUUUUUGUCCGCUUUUUAAAGUCGUUGCUACUGUUGGGCGUCGAGAUGGGCCCCCAGACCUACCUGUACUGCGCGCUGGACGAGGCCCUCGACCAUGAGUCGGGUUUUUAUUAUGAUAACUGCCAACGGGUGGACCGGAUGGUGAGCCACGCGGUCGACGAUAAGACGGCUUACGAUUUGUGGGAAUUGAGCGCAGAUUUAGUGAAACUCGAGACUCAGUACAGGAUAUGA